GAUUCUCACGUAUCAUGCCCGAGAAUAACAACCCAUAUUUAAUCAAAAACAAAGACUAUCAAGCUGGCGAGCUAGCUAAAUGAAUCAUAUAGCUAGCGCUGAUUUAUUUUUUCUGAGAUUUGGAUAAAAUUCUCUACUGUACAAUAGGAUCCCUAGCUUAAGUACAUCUUCCAUCUCGAUCCAUUUAUAAAUUCUGCGAACUACCUACGGUCCUACCGAUGUUUUAGACCCCUAGUCACUGUCCGAAUAUCAAUCCAGUAAGUACGUACUUCAUCUAAUUCUCUAUCAAUAAUGGCAGCUGAGAUGGAUCUAACACCCAAGUCAGCGGCAGCGGCGUUCGAGGGAGAUGGUGGAGGAUAUAACAUAUGGUCAUUUCCGGCACUUGGAGAGGCCAACGUUGGCGCCGGCAAGCUUGUAUUGAAGCCUAGUGGUUUUGCUCUUCCUCACUCUGCAGAUUCUGCCAAACUGGGAUAUGUUCUUCAAGGUGAGGAUGGACUAGUUGGAAUGGUAUAUUAAGCUAAAGAAAGGAGACGUGAUUCCGAUACCACUCGGAGCAGUCUCAUGGUGGUUCAACAAUGGCGGCUCAUCCAACGACCUUAUUAUUGUUUUCUUGGGAGAACUACUAAGGCUUACACUCCUGGUCUGUUUACUUACUUCUUCAUAGCAGGAACUCAAAGUAUGCUCAGAGGUUUCUCGACUGACUUCAUUAGCAAGUCAUUCAAUAUUACCAAAGAUGAAGCUGAUGAGGUCACCAAAAACC